UCUGCUUCUUUUUCCUUUUUUAUUUUUGUUAUAUCUUUGUUUGUUCUUGUGAUACUGCUUGAGUAACAUUCAAAACAACAGGAAAAGCUGUUUUGCAACUGACAGAGGAUUGGUAAAUCACUGGUAAUUCAACUGCUUUUCUUUUCAGUCGCCUUUCUUUUCUUUGUUUGUUUACAUGAACAAUUUAUGCUUUCUUGCCCCUUGAACUCCACUCGUCUUCAUUCUAGGUCAAAAAUCUAUUAUAUGCGUCGUUAUUUCUUCAAUUCGUCUCUUUCUUCUUCAAACAUCUCUGACUAUACCGAUAAAAGCACACAAUUUUCUGAAUUUGAUUUCAACAAUACAAUGGCUGAUCAAUUUGGUGGCAUUUCUAUUUCUUCAUUAAAAUCUUGGGACAAAGAUUUUAAAGCAGAUUCAACAACCCAAUUGGCAUCAAGAAUUCUAACCAAUGCUGAUCCUGAUGAAAUCUUAGUUGAUAGAAAUAGCUUGCUUAAAAACUAUUCAAACGUGUUUUCAAAUAAGAUUAAAGUCGAAGGUUCCCCAAUUACAAAUCAGAAAUCCUCUGGUAGAUGUUGGUUAUUUGCUGCUACUAAUAUCUUGCGAAUUCCCUUGAUAACUAAAUAUAAUUUAAAGGAAUUUCAAUUAUCACCAACAUAUAUCUUUUUUUAUGAUAAGUUGGAAAAAUCGAAUUUUUUUUUGCAACAAAUCAUUUCGACUUAUAAAGAACCUGUCGACUCAAGAUUGGUUCAACAUUUACUAAGCGACCCUGUUAGUGAUGGUGGUCAAUUUGAUAUGUUUAUCAAUGUUAUCAAGAAAUAUGGUAUUGUUCCAAAUACAAUUUUCCCUGAUACGUUUUCAUCAACAGCUUCUAGAAAAUUGAACUCUUUAAUUACAACCAAAUUAAGAGAAUUUGCUGAAAUCCUAAGAGGUAAUUUGGAAAAGGAUCUUUCUGUUGAGGAAUUGGUGAUUGAUAUGCAAAAGGAUAUUUACAGACUAUUAACUUUAUUUCUUGGUACUCCUCCAAAACCAAAUGAUGAGUUUACUUGGGAAUUUUACGAUAAAGAUUCAAAUUACAGUGGGUUAACUUUUACUCCAUUAUCAUUUUUCAAUGAUAUAAUCAAUAAGGAGUUUAAUAUAACUGAUAGCAUCUCUUUACUAAAUGACCCAAGAAACCCCUAUGAAAAUAUGAUCAAGAUUGAUAGACUAGGUAACGUUUUUGGUUCUAAAAUUGUUUCUUAUUUAAAUUUAGACAUCUCAAUCUUAACAAAGGUUUUAGUUGACAGAAUUAAAAACAAUAAACCUGUUUUCUUUGGGUCUCAUACACCAAUGUACAUGCAUAAAAAACUUGGUGUUAUGGAUAUUCAAUUGUGGGAUUAUAAAGUUAUUGGGUUCAAACCAAAACAACUAAAGGCUUCAAGAUUAAUUUACCACCAAUCCUUGAUGACACAUGCAAUGGUUAUCACUGCUGUUCAUAUCGAUCCAAAUACCAACAAGCCGGUUAGAUAUAGAGUUGAAAACUCCUGGGGUGAAACAACUGGUAUCAAAGGUUAUUAUAUCAUGACCCAGGAAUAUUUCGAGGAAUAUUGUUAUCAAAUUGUUUGCGAUAGAGAAGAUAUCAAAGAAUAUCUUUAUUUAUUGGAAAAGGAACCAAUUGUCUUGCCUCCUUAUGAUCCAUGUGGAUCGUUGGCUAUUUGUGGCAAGACUGAUAUUAAUCUUUAAUUUUAAAUAUUUAUAGAUUUUUAUAUACUAUUAGUAUGCAUUUAUUAGCAAUUACUAAUUAUUACUAAUUAUUGCAAAUUAUUGCAAAUUAUUACGAAUUGUUACCAAUUAUUAAUAAUUAUUACUACGUAUUUAUUAAAACCUGAAUUGAAACAAUUAAAUAUAUGAUGAGUG